AUGCCACCCCAACCCCCUCGGGUCAAGCUACCCCCACCUCAAUCACCGAAUCCAACACCCCAACUCUGUCCAUACUUUCUCAAAGGUCGAUGUUGGCGUGGCAACAAGUGUAGGAAGAGGCAUAGCUUGCCUGGGUCUGAGCCAAAUUACAGUCCCAGCAAUCAACAUGUUGACUUGGCCCAGGUUCAGGACCAGACAACCGACGGAACAAUAUCUCCAGUUUCUGUUGCAACCACUUCAUCCGACUGUUCCCAGGCGAAAACCGAGCCAUGCGUUCAAUGGAAUCUUGGAGUGUGUUACAACGGCGAUGACUGCGAAUAUCGACAUGAUCGUGAAACGGAUACGGUAUUGGGGGCCAACAAAAAACGCUCACGUCGGGGUGUACGAGGAGGGGCACGUAUAGCAAAUCAGAAGGUUGCCGAGGAGGCCGAGGAACGCAAUCGUCGGGAUGUUGAUGAGAAACGGCUUCGGGAAGAGGCAGAGAAACAACGCUCAGAAGAGGAGCAACGACGGCUUGCAGAACUCGUGGAGAAGAACCGCCGUGAAGCCCAGGAACAAGAGAGAAUCCGCCUCGAAGCUGAGGAAAAGGCGCGUUGUCGUGCCAAAGCCCGGGAACAAGGCCGCCGUGAUGCAGAGCGUCGUCGAGAGGUACAGCGUCUUCGGGAGGCAGAGGAGAGACGACAACGAGAAGUGGCUGAAGCAGAACGACGGAGGGUGGAAGAAGAGGAGAGGCAGAUGAGGCUUAAGGAAGCAGAGGAAGAGAGACUUCGGCAAGAAGCUGAGCAGCGUGCUCAAAAGCUUCGAGAAGAGGAAGAGGCCCGACGUGAAGAGCGGGAUCGAGUUGACCAAGCAAAGACUGUCCAACACUUGGUCUUUGGUAACACCAUCGUCAAGUUCAGCUCAGGCAUCAACAUUGAACGCAUCGUUACGGGCUUCGAUUCUUGUCGGGUUCGAGUCACGGACCUCCCAUUCAGCACGAAACCAAACGACGUAUGCGGUCUCCUCCGUGGUCAGGAUAUUGAUGAAGACUCGUUCCAGCUUGUCAAUCUGAGGGUGUGGAAAGGGAAGAAGGAAGCCAACUUCAUCGUUGAGGGUGAGCAGGGACGAACGCUUGUGGAAGAUCUCGACGGGUUGCACUUCCGAGGUCAGACCUUGUCAGCUGAGGCUAGUGCAAGUGGAUCUCUCCAGGGCAUGAACUCCAAUAACAGCUCUACCCUCUCCAUUUCCUGGGUUCUUCCCUCCGCACGCUACGUCGUCCACUUCAAAACGGCAACAGAGGCACUCAAGAAACACGCACUGGACGGUCGGAACUAUAAUGGUCGGAAGAUCAAAGUUGAACCCAACCGUUUACGAGGCCAGCAGAAUGUGGACCCUUGUUCCCUCCUCGUUAGCCGUUUGCCGAUGGGUACCGCUGUUGGAGAUGUUCGAGAGCUAUUCGAAGCUACUACUCUCCGGAAACUUCGGUCGAACGAGUACAACGACGAACCUGUCGAACAGUGGCUGAAAACAUUCAUCCAAAAUUACAUGCGUGGUGGAUUCGUUGAGUUCGAGUCGGUUCAGGUGAACAAGUUCGAAGGGAAAUGUUCGGUACGGGUACAGUUUAAGAGUUGGGAAGAUGCGAAGAGGGUUCAUGGUCAACUGGUCAAUGUCAAGUUUGAUGUUAUCGGCAAUUCGAUGUUUCGACUUUGGCUGCCUGAUCCGUAUCAGAUCACGAUUCCGAUGGAGCAGUAUCAGGCGCAGAAGAAACAGUGGGAUACGUUUGUGAAGGAUACGAAGGAUAGGAAGGAGAGUGUUUUGAAUGUGCGGGUAUUGGAGGAUAAGGUUAUCCUUCGGGUUGGCGGGGAUGAUUUGAAAGCAGUUGGGAUGCUCAAGGUUAGGGUGGAGAGUCUAGUUGCAGGGGAGAUACUCCGGGAUAUGUGGCAUGUCUGGUUUGACACCGCUGCUGGGAAGAAGUUCUUGCAGUCGGUCAAUACCGACACGGGUGCCUACAUCCGGCACGACUGGAGACUGAGAGUAUUGAAGGUUUAUGGGACUUCGGUUGCUGUAUCGAAAGCCAAAGAGAUGAUGAAGGAGGAAUUGGAGAGACUGUCUGGUUUGGAACAUACGGAAACUCUCAAACGCCAAUCGAUCCGGUUCUUCGUUGAACGUGGUGUCGCCGCACUCAAAGAAGCGUUCGGUGAUGACAGCGUUACCCUCAAUAUCACCAGUACUCCCGUAUGUAUCACCAUCCGAGGAGGUGAAGAAGCCCGUCAUCUCCUGCGCAAGUUGAUCGACGAGUCCCUCUACAACGUCACGACAGACUUUUCUGCCACGUCCGAAUCAUCUUGCCCUGUCUGCUUGGCCGAAGUCUCGAACUCCUUCAAGCUAGGUUGUGGACAUGAAUACUGCACGGCUUGCCUUCGCCAUUUCCUCACCACCGACAUCAGAGACUUCCCCGUCGUCUGUGUCGGAGACGAGGCUACAUGUGGGAAGCCUAUAUCUCUCCCUACGAUCCAGAAAUUCCUCACCGAAUCACAGUUCAACACUCUCCUCGAGACAGCGUUUUCGAAGCACAUCGAACAGAACCACCUGACAUACAGGUACUGCAACACCCCCGACUGUCAACAGAUCUAUCGAUGUGAAGACCCCUCCAUGGCUGACAGUGCUCCCAUCACGAAUCGUCAAUGUCCAUCUUGCCUUGCUGUCAUUUGCAUGAGAUGUCACGGGGACGCACACGAUGGUAUGACAUGUGAUGAACGACGUGAACAUUUCGAACCUCCUGAACAUGUAGUCCUCAAUGAAGCCUGGGCUAAGAGGGCCGGAGCGAAACGGUGUCCUUCAUGUGAUGUGUGGAUGGAGAAGAUUGAAGGGUGUAACCAUAUGUCGUGCAAAUGCGGAGCUCAUGUUUGUUGGGAGUGUAUGAAGGCGUUUGCACAGAAGGACAUCUAUGAGCAUAUGACAGUGGCUCAUGGAGGGAUUUAUGAGAGGAGGGAGCCUGGAUAUGGGAUGGCGCCAGUCGGAGAUGAUGAAUCAGACGACGAGGAUGGGGAUGGGUACGAACCCCCGGAGACGAAUCGAUAUAUGAGUCAGAUUGAACGUUUACAAGCUGGUUGGAGGUUGCAACAGGAGAGACAGCAGGCAGAGGAACUACGCGUGCGGAGGGAAGCAGAAACGCUGAGGCAAGCGUACGAGGAUCGACUUGCUCGGGAGCGGGAACAACGUGAACGUGUUGUGCGCGAGGCUCGUGAAAGAGAGCAGGCGAGGCAGCGUGCAGAGAGAGAAGCAGAAGCUCUCAGGCAGAGCCGUUUAGUAGCUGACUAUAACGAGCGUGUUCGCCUUUUCGCGGAACAAGAAAACCGGGAGAGGCAACGCGCGGCGGCACUGCAGCGAGAGAGGCGAGAGGAAAUGCAGCGCGCAACUUCGCGCCGAUUACUUGAACAACAGCAGGAGCGUCAACGUGCAGAAGCGCGUCAACGGGAAAAAGCAAAGGAGAGCCGGUGUGUAGUGAUGUAG